GACUUUUGCUUUCCAGUUUUCCCAAAGACCUUGGUGAUGUGCCUCAGCAAGAAAUUUCGCGCUUUACAGGAUAUAAAGCAUGGCAUCCUAAAGUAAUCGGUUACAGUUUCCAAAUGUCAGAUGCGAUGACUUUUCUUUCUUUUGUUACGACGGGAGCCGCCGCUUAUCUGUCACUAAAAUGGACCGAAAAGCCGCCACCUAACAAGAAAUAUGUGUCGCACUUAAUAAAAAAUGGUGUUAAAGUGUCUACAUUAGCAUUCAAUCGAGUCAUUGCAUACUACAUCGCAAUAACCUUUAUUGCUGUGGCCGCCUAUAUGAUACUGGAUGUUGGCAAAUUAUGGUCUGCAACUGGUGUUUUGCAUAAUGUAUUUGAAAUUGUGAUUAUGUUGAUGUUACAUUUCGGUGGUAAAAUCAAGUCUCAUGCGGUAUUUGCCUGGGUGGGAGCUUACGUUUCGAUAGUUUUUUCUUUGAAUGUAUGGCUCGAAUGGCCACAAGAUGCGCUUUGGUUCAAAUUUCAAGGCCUUUGUCUCGACUAUUCAUUGAUUGUACUGUUCGUACGAUUGUAUUUUACAACACGUAAAAAACUCCGCGACGAUGAAUCUGAAAUUCCUCUUACCGAAGACGAUAUAGUCCAAACAACAGAACAAGCAACAGAGCUUGAUUAUGACUUUUACCCAAAUACUGUCCAUCAUCCUUAUCAACUUUGGUUAUUAAUUUUAGCGUCUGUCGUUCACCUUAUUGGUAAUAUUGGUAAUUCUAUUUGGGUGGAUAGUGGUUUAGC